AAACUAUCCAUUUUAGGUGUUUUGUAUGAUUUAUCCGAGUGGUCUUUGCAAGAUCUCCCCACUAUCAACGUUUCUCUGCCUACAAACAAUGUCACGACAUACCAAUAUUACCUCAACGGAAGUGACGUUUUCAACUUCACAUGUAAAGUGUGUGAAUUAUCAGGAACUGAGAUUUUAGGAUUCAUUACAUUCACUUCCUGUAACAAGGGCCUUGUCUUCAGCAAUCAUGCCAGCUCAUUAAAUCUACCUCAUGUACUUAUCACCAAAGAUGAAAAACCAUGCAUCACACCAUCCUCGCCUCCAAUGUUAUCCAUAUUUGAGGACUGUCGUCUGAUAAACAGAGCGUUUCUUUCUAUUGCGUCACAUAAAAAUUGGAAAGCAGUCAACGUUAUUUAUGACAACUCUUACGGAAAACGAAUGCGAUUUUUGUUUAUCAAUACUACGUCGCCUUUCAAGUUUUACGAAGGAACAUUUUCAGUGUGUUUGGAAAAAUAG